AGAAGAAGGAGGAAAUGCGCACUAGUGUGGACAUGGUCCUCAGGUGAAAAUGACAGAUUUGUCCAUUUAUCUGGGCUCAAACCUGUUUCUAUGGACUAUAUAGGUGCUUAAGGAGUUUGUCGACCAUCCAGAAUUUGAAAUGGCCAUCUCUGCUUGGUCCAAAAAAAUCCUCCAACUCCUUCGCCGAAUGAAUAACGUUUAUUUAGCAGGAUCGUGUCGUCCUAACUGCUUGAGGUUUGAGAUAGACGGUGCACAGGUUGGUUGGAUCCCCCCUCGGGUUGCUCCGCUUCUGACCCAGUAUCCAGAGGUGUUCGGUCCGCCGCACGAUGGCGCAGUGUCCCUCUGUCACGGUUUGGACUCUUACGGGAAGAGAUCUGAUGCUGUGGACGCUGUCCUGCAAACCCUCAGGCUGGAGGGCUGCCUAACCUGCCUUAAAGGAUGGAGAGAUGAGAAGUACAGUGUGAUGCCCAAAUUCUCUGACCCUCCUUUGAUGUGGAUGGAAAGAGCAGCCACAAGCCUUUUCGGAGUGAAGCGUUAUGGAGUCCAUAUCAAUGGUUACACUGUGACUGAGAGCGGGGAGGUCAGAAUGUGGCGUAAGCAGACAUACCCGGGUCUACUGGACAAUGUGGCAGCAGGUGGUCUGGCUGCCGGUGUUGGCAUCAAACACACACUGGUCAAAGAAUGCCAAGAGGAAGCCUGUAUCCCAGCAGCCAUUGCAGAGAAGGCUGAUCCUGUAAGCACAGUAAGCUACACCUAUGAAGAAGAAGACGGGGUGUAUGCUGAAAGUCAGUUUGUCUUUGAUUUGGAACUUCCUUUGGAGUUCAAGCCCAGAGUGGGGGAUGAAGAGGUGCAAGGUUUCUACCUCCUGCCCAUAGAUGAGGUGAAGGAGCUCCUGGCCACUGAUGACUUCAAACCUAACUCAGCCAUGGUGGCCUUGGACUUCCUCAUUAGACACUCCUUUAUUGAGCCAGACACAGAGCCAAACUAUCAGGACUUUGUGGCAGGACUCCAUCAGAUGUUAUAGUGAAGCUGAGGAUGAGGCCAAGACACCACGUUACACUGUUGUUUACCAGCAAACCACCUCACAGAAGCCAACUGAGAAGUCUUGUGAGCCCUGCUUUUGAACGUCCACCAAGAAUGAGCCUGGUACCUGGAGGCUGAAACAGCGGAGGGUGGUUCACCUGACAACAGGGAGACUGAGUGCUAGAUCUGCUUUGUCACUGACUCUUAACGAGGUGAUCCUGUUGUCUGCAAAGUCCUUAGAGGCUGAUUGUGCAGACAGACCUCAUACUAGCAUGUCCAGUUCACAUUUCGGUGUACAGUUGGCACCUUGUACUGUAAACACAAGACUCGGCAACUCCUAGACAUGGGUCAUCAGAUUAACUCAGACGUGUUUGCCGUGCACUACUGGGCAUUUAGAAGACUGAACCGUGUUUGUGCUAAUUACAAUGACAGAGAUGUGAGCUAGGCUCCACAGAGAGCAACUUGUGUACUGUUUAUCACUGCACCAUUCUUAAAAAAUAUAUACAGCUGGGUUAUAAAUAAAGUGGGUGGUACAUGCACAACAAGUGUGUUUUAGGCUGGAUUUCAUAUACUCUGUAUCGGCUUAGUGCAGCUCUUCAUUAAGGCUAUUUGACUGCCAUAAGCCUUAUUAUUAUUAUUAUUAUUAUGGAAUCACCAUUAAAUCUAAUGGAAACACUGACUUAUUGUGUAUUUUCUCUAAAAUCCUGUCAGAGAUUUGGAGCAGUAGGACCUCUACUAGAAUUUAAAAUAAAGUUCAGUGGACUUGACCAGAGUUUUUGUAAUGACCGACCUACCUGAGAGCAGCGGAUAUAAGUGUGGUUUAUAGAAAUAACUGAAAUGGUGUUAGGACACCAGGCACGUGAGGAUUUGGUCAUUCUCUGUGACAGUUUAUUUCCUUUAGAAUACAUAAAAAAGACAGCUGGAGAAAUGUGAGGAUACGUUUGUAUGCAAAAGAAUAUUCCUCUUAGAAAUAACUGAUCCUUUAGAAGUCCCUUGCACUUUGCAUUUCACAAUCUGACAUUGCUUUUCAAAGUGUUUACCACACUGACCGUUCAUUUUAAGUUGUGUGCAAAUAAUACAGUGUAAGCCAGUAGAAUAUCACAUAAAGUUAAAAUUACAUACAACAGAGCAUGAAGCAGAAGAAGAAUAGCUGUAGACACUAAAUGGAAACAAAACACUGGCACUAACACCCUGGCAUACUGGUCAACUGUGAGCAUCCAAAUAAAAGCUGUGUCUGAUAAUGGUUGGGUUAAAAUCACGGAGGCAAGUGGAAUGUACUACAAAACGCCACGUGUGCUAAAAUUCA